AUGCUAGGCAUCUUUCUCAUAGCCAUGGACCAAACGAUAGUUGCCUCCACAUACGCAGCAAUUGGGAGCGAAUUUGAACAUCUAGAGAACACGAGCUGGAUUGCGACCGGGUAUAUGCUCACUCUAACCAGUUUCCAACCGCUUUAUGGCAAGCUGAGUGACAUAUUUGGACGCAAGUCUUGCAUGAUCUUCGCAUACUUCGUCUUCGCUAUCGGCUGUCUGUUCUGUGGUUUGGCGAACAGCAUGUCAUCUCUCAUCGCUGCACGUGCCCUUGCAGGCAUUGGCGGAGGAGGGAUUGGGACUGUAGGCGUCAUUAUCAUGUCGGACGUCGUACCCCUACGCAACAGAGGCACAUGGCAGGGUGUCGCAAACAUCAUCUUCGCCUCUGGCCAGGCUACCGGCGCGCCGCUCGGAGGGUUCCUUGCUGAUAUGAUUGGCUGGAGAUGGGCAUUCCUCGUACAAGUGCCUAUGACGCUGCUAGCACUAACAUCGGUCGCGUUCGGCCUGAAGCUGCCCAGCAGCGACAACGCCGAUUUCAAAGCCAAGCUCAAGCGCGUCGACUUUGCCGGCGCCCUGACCCUCGUCGUCUGCGUCUUCUCCCUCCUGCUCGGACUGGACCGAGGCGGCAACAUCGCAUGGAGCGACCCCAUCACGAUCGCCUGUUUCGUGGUGUUCGGCGUCCUCUUCGUCGCGUUCCUGCUCAUCGAAUGGCGUUUUGCGAGCGAGCCCUUCGCGCCUAAGCACAUCGCCACCAACCCCUCCCUCCUUGCCUGCUAUCUCACCAACUACUUCCUGAUCGGCGCGACCAUGAUCGUGAUCUUCCACGUCUCGCUCUUCCUCCAGGCCGUUCGCGGGUUCGACCCGAGCAAAACGGGGCUGGCGCUGCUUCCCGCCGUCAUCGGCGGCGGGAUUGGUAGCGUGUCGUGCGGAUUGAUCAUGAAGGCGACAGGGAGAUACUAUGCCCUCACUAUUGCCGUGUCGCUGCUUUCGUGCACCGGCAUGUUCAUCAUAGCGGGCGUUACGGGUCCAUUCUUGUUCACCCUGGCUGGACUCGGUGCUGGUCUGGCAAUGAUGAACCUUGGAGGCUCAGGGGCAACGCUGACGAGCACCCUCAUUGCGCUCAUUGCUAAUGCUGGUCCUGAGAACCAGGCCGUUGCGACCGCCGUAUCGUACCUAUUCCGCUCAUUGGGAUCUGUGGUCAAUUUGUCGAUCGCGACCACGCUGUUCCAAGAGAAACUCCGUACUCGCUUACAUGAACGGCUCACGGGCGCUGACAUCAUAAGUCGCGUCCGAGAGUCGCUGGACUACGUGCACAAACUUGACCCUAUCACCCGUGCGGCGGUGGUGUCGUCAUAUUCAGACGCCACACAAGUUGCCCUGUGGUUCGCCGUCGCAUUAGCGGGAGUUGCUGUUUGCUGUACGCCAUUCAUCAAGGAAAAGUCUCUCGCACGAUAG